AUGGCAAACCCCUUCAUCGAGCGCCCGCUGGUCGACCGCCUGCUGGCCUCGCCGCUCGCCUUCUUCCUGCACCCCGUGUACAUCAUGCUGCUGCGUCUGCGCGGUGCGCCUCACACGCCGUCGCCCUCUGCGCGCCCCAUUCGCAUCGUGUGCAUCUCCGACACACACACCCUCAAAUGGACAGACGUGCCCGACGGCGAUCUGCUGGUGCACGCCGGCGACCUGUGCAACGACGGCAGCGUGCGCGAGAUCCAGGCCGCCGUCGACUGGCUCAAGACGCUGCCCCAUGCCCACAAGGUUGUUAUUGCUGGCAACCACGACAGCUACUUUGAUCCGCGCUCGCGACUCGAAGAAGACCGCGACAAGACGCUCGCCAGCGUGUCGGCGUCGACCGCCUCGAUCCACUCCAUUGACGAGUUUGAGAGCCACCGCAUCGACUGGGGCGACGACGACGAUGAGCACAGAAUCCACUACCUCCAGCACUCGUCCGUCCAACUGGCCUUCCCAGCUCUGACUUCAGCGCAGCGCGACCGCACGCUCAAUAUCUACGGUGCGCCGCAGAUCCCGACUCCCAUGCCCAUGGGCCCCGAACAUGCAUUCGCCUAUCCGCCCGAGCAGGACGCCUGGACGGGCACUGUCCCCAUGGAGACCGAUGUGCUGGUGACACACACACCACCGCACGCCCACCGCGAUCUCGGCCCGGGGUUCAGCAUCGGCUGUCCGUUUCUGCUCGCUGAGGUAUGGCGUGUGCGGCCCAUCCUGCACGUCUUUGGCCAUGUCCAUUUCGCGUACGGCGCCGAGCCCGUGUUCUGGGAUGAAGCCCAAAGAGCGUGGGAGCGGCUGUCGACCCGGCUGUCCAAGCGACGCUCGCGACUUGGGUUUCUUCACGACCUGAUUAGUCCGCGGCUGUGGAUUGAGGCUGGCAGGGUGCUGGUCUAUGGAGUCACGGGCAUCGUCUGGUCGCGCGUCUGGGGCGGCCAGAUGAACCGGGGCAGUGGCUGGAUGGUGAAUGCAGCAGCCAUGUAUCGCGACUCGGGCGUGCUGAGGAACCCGCCGCAGGUCUUAACAAUUUAA